AUGCCCCACUGGCCCAAGUUGGUCACUUCCCCCAUUCCACUGAACAACAACCUCGUCGUGCGUCGGGAUCAGAGGGUGGUGGUCACUCCCAAAUUACCGUUGAUCGCGCGCCCCGAUGCCAUCCAAGCCCACGUGGACUACCGAAACCGAGACUUGGUCGCUGAGCACAUGACAACCAGCCGUCCGUGCUUUCGAGGUGGAAUGACGCGUGGCUACCAGACACACAUCGUGGCGACUACUGGCAUCUCCGCUGAGCUUCUCCCCGACAUGUUGUCGACACAAAUGGUGCUGGACCAUCCCAAGCUGGCCGACCGAGCUUCAGGCGGCGCACGUGGAAGCCAUGGCGAACAAAUUCAUGGGGGCGUGUAUGACUGCGUGUUUCCGUGCAUAACAGCGGAUGAUAUGGGCUGGGACGACGAAGUACUCGUGGAAGGUGGCAACGAUGUGGAUGAUAUUGUGGUUGUGCCUACUGCCCAAUUGGUCCAAGUUCAGAGACGACGCAGGGCCAGCCAGCCUAGACCUCAAAAUAUGACAACCCGCCGGACUCUGCUCAUGUACUAUGACGAGGACUCGCAAGUGUUCCUGCUUCGAGACGCCGAGGCCACGGUGCCGCACGUCGGCUCCACCGUCCCAACGGUUGAAGAGUCCUUGCCACUAUCACCAGCCAAGACAUUACUCCAGCUUGUCCAUCCAUGGAAAUGUCAUGUCCAAGAUGUCGUUGAAAUAACAUCCCCAGAGGACACCAAGAUCCAAAUGCCAAAGUCCAAAAAGAAACGAGUACACUUUAAGGUGGAAUCCCCCAAACGUAAUCGUAACAACACUCCGCCCUUGUCGACGGAUCCAAAGGCGUUGGCUAGGCGUGAAGCCAUCGAUGAUGUGUGUUCAACCUCCCCCAGAGUUGAAUCAGAAACCCUUGUGCGCGAUGUCAAGACUCAAGACGCACCGGGAUUCGUGGAACGUAACCCGUCGACACUACCAUCUAGUUCUUCACUAGUGGUAUUUCCCACGGAUGAAGGAUCAUUGAGAUUGGCAAUUGACGAACCAAACAAAGGCGCACUCAAAAUCCAGCCUGAGGGCGUCCUUGCGACUGACUUGGACGUGAUUCAGUCCCUCUUAACGGCGCUCGUGGACCAAGUGGUUGCGUCUAUAGCCAUUCCCCCUGCGAUCGAAGAGCCAGGACUUGCCAUUGCCAUGGACAUAUUGGAAGCUGUUCUCGAUAGAGUCUUCAACCCACUCAGCUGCCAAGAUCGUCAUCGUCAUCCAAACAGUCAACCUCUACCUGCCGCCACGGUCAACAACCAACGUGUACAAAAGACGCUUCUGAAAGCAUGCACUCAACCCAAGGCGGCUUCCCCACACUUGUCCCCAAAGAAAUCACUAAAGAAGGCCCAUCAAAACAACCAAAGCACCAAAAGUCAGUCGGUACUACCCCCCACGAAUUCCAACGACUCCGCAGCGCCGGAGACUUUGAUGACGUUGGAGAUUGAAGGACGCUGGGGCCCAUUGGUUGAGCGCCUCCGUCGCGACCCCACGAUUCCUCGGCCAUUGUCGCAGAUCGAAUGGUGUACUGGUAUCAGUGACGUUCAUGUCAAGCAGCGUCGGGAUGGCGUCCAUGGCCUUCGCUGCACGUUUUCAAACGUCACGGGGGAAUAUUGGGGUGACGACGAGUACUAGGAAUGUUUAGUGUAUGAAGCAAUAUCCUAUGUUAACGUUAAAAGGGAUUCGUAACUCAACA